GUACACGAGAAGCUUCUUAUUUUCGAGUCUCCUCUUCGCCUUCGUACGAGCGCCAACUCUAUAAAUUGGACGAGCGCUUACGUCUCAACCACAUCCUCUGAGUUCCUGCACUGCCAAGACACUUCCUCUCUAUCCCUCCUCCCUCCUUUCUUUGCAAGAGAAAGUACUGUGUCUGAAACCGUAGUGAGUCAUGGCGAAAUACUCUGGUCUUGCUUUUCUCCUCUUGCUCGUGCUGACGAUGAUCAUUCAGUGUCAGGCGACCUGCUCAGACCAAGAAAAAUCCGAAAUGAUGAACGCCGAGCAUCACGAGGGGAGUCGACUGCUGGGUGGAAAGAUAGAUUGCGGAGCAGCUUGCUCGUACAGGUGCAGCAAGGCGUCGAGGCAGAAGAUCUGCCUGAGGGCGUGCGGAACUUGCUGUGCUCGCUGCAACUGCGUCCCUCCCGGCACCUCCGGCAACACCCACGUCUGCCCCUGCUACGCCACCAUGACCACCCACGGCGGCCGGCUCAAGUGCCCUUAAUUACACAAAAAUUACUCCCAUCGUUUCUUCUCCCUGUGUGUGUGUCGUUUACGUGCGUAUUAAGUUGACACCAGAUGUGUAUGGUGGUUUUUUACUCUCUCUCUCUCUCUCUCUCUCUCUCUAUCUGUCUCUCUCUGGGAUUGCUUAUCGUGUCAAUACCUUGGACAGAUUGCGUAAGAAAGGGAGAAUGGUUGUGUUUGUAAAGGAACAUUCGAAUAAAGAAGGAAAUAAGGAGCAAACUUUGCAGACUACGUGUGUGUGUGCAGAAGCUUGCAUAUUGAUGUAGUAAAUUUACUUUUGAAAUAAAUGCUCCAUGACUUUCAUGGAUGUUGGUGUUA